GGCUAUUUGAGCCCACAAAAUAGGUAGCCUCAAAGUCAAGCGAAGCGAGAGGGGGAGAGAGAGAGGGAAGAAGAUGCAUUACUGGGUUCGAGCUUCGUCUACGGAUUUCAGUGGAACUCUUCCCCAACCUCGAAGCGGCCACACAGCUGUGAAUAUUGGGAAAUCGAAAAUCGUAGUGUUCGGUGGACUUGUUGACAAGAAAUUUCUCAGCGACAUCACUGUUUAUGAUACCGACAACAAAUUAUGGUAUCAGCCAGAGUGCACUGGCAGUGGAACCGAUGGGGAGGUGGGACCUAGCCCACGAGCGUUUCACAUUGCUGUUGCAAUUGAUUGCAACAUGUUUAUUUUUGGUGGGCGUUCUGGUAGUAAAAGGUUGGGUGACUUUUGGGUCCUAGAUACUGAUUUAUGGCAAUGGUCAGAGCUUACUAGUUUUGGUGAGUUGCCUUCACCACGGGAUUUUGCUGCCGCUUCAGCUAUUGGAAACCGUAAGAUUGUUAUGUAUGGAGGGUGGGAUGGUAAAAAAUGGUUGUCAGAUGUCUAUGUCUUGGACACAAUAUCACUUGAGUGGAUGGAGCUAUCAGUUUCUGGGUCAUUGCCACCACCUAGAUGUGGCCACACAGCUACUAUGGUUGAGAAAAGGUUGCUGGUCUAUGGUGGGAGAGGAGGUGGAGGGCCCAUCAUGGGUGAUUUAUGGGCUUUGAAAGGUCUUAUUGAAGAAGAAAAUGAAACUCCCGGAUGGACCAAUUUGAAGCUUCCUGGUCAAGCGCCUUCACCUUGCUGUGGUCAUACUGUAACGUCUGGAGGGCACCAUCUCUUGUUAUUUGGAGGGCAUGGGACUGGUGGUUGGUUGAGUCGUUAUGACAUUUAUUACAAUGACUGUGUUGUCUUAGACAGAGUUUCUGUGCAGUGGAAGCGCCUACCAACAAGCAAUGAACCCCCUCCUGCACGAGCAUACCAUUCUAUGACAUAUAUUGGCUCACGAUAUCUGUUAUUUGGUGGCUUUGAUGGCAAAACAACAUUUGGUGAUCUGUGGUGGUUGGUUCCUGAAGAGGAUCCUAUUGCAAAACGGUCACCGGCAUCACCACAAAGAAACGUUCUUGAAAAAAAGGAUGUUGCAAUGGCAAAUGAUGCCCUCCAAACUGCAGUCAAGGAAAGCGGAAUGAAAGAAUCUGCAGUCUCAGAGUUACAGAAGAGGUUAGAAAUUUCUGUCUCACUUUCUAGCCCCGAGAUUCAAAUCAUAGAAGAAUUGGAAGACAAAGAAUUUCUUGAACUAGCAUCACGGUUGAUUGGAGAAAAUGUUGCUGGCAAUGAGCAGAUUUCACAUAGUCUGGCAGCUGAGGCGGUUCGUGACCAUUGGAGAAAAUCCACUCCGCAGUCAAUACAACUGAAGGAGCUCAGCCCCCUACUUCGUGACUACCAACGCUUGAUUGCACGCCAUCAUACAAUGAAGGUUGGCUCCAAUUUACAAUUGGGUGAAGUUGAUUUUCCGGGAGAGGAGGCAUAUCGUUUCUACCAUAUAAGAAAAGCUUCUCAGGUACAAGUCAUUCAGUGCCAUGAUCGAUAGCAAAUUAGCAAUUGCUCCAUGUCAAAAAGUUGCGUAUCGAUGAUAUCCCGAAACUGUUGGCAGAGUACAAGCAGGUUCAAUCUGAUUAAAGAACGACCUAGGGAUCUUUUGUAAGGACAGUUACUGAUUAAACAAGAAUCUAGGUCAUGGGUGGAGCUAUACGUAAAGUAGUGGGUUCAAUUCAUCCCACUCUAACAUUUUUUUUUUUUUUUUGAAUUAUGUAGCAUCAUAUAAAAUUUUUGAGAGGUUUUUAUAAAUUGACUCCAUUAAAAUUGUUAAAAAAAAAAUAGAUAUAUCUACCCAAAAAAAAAAUGUUUAAAAAAUAA